UCCCACACUCACUCAAAUACAAGAACAAGUGUUAGAACCUUAAAACAACACAAAAUGCAGAACCUUUUGUUCUUGAUGUUGUUCUUCUUCUUCUUCUGCAAUGCUAGUUCUAACAACAGAAGCAGAAGAAUCUUGCAUGAACCCUUUGUACCAUUGGAAGCACACCCACCCACUGAGCCACCAAAGCCACCACCUUCUUCUAACACCACUGCAAUCCAAAAGCAAAACCCAAAGCACCCUUCCUCCACUGCAACAGCCACCGCCUCCACCACUACCACCACCACCACCACCACUACCACAACUACACCAAAUGAUUCACCGUUUUUCCCAAACUACCCUUCACAGCCACCACCACCACCACAAUCAUUCACAGGCUUUGCUUCCUUCCCAGCUAACAUUUCCUCACUCAUUCUUCCACAUUCUCCAACUCCUACUCACUCCAAUUCCAAGCUUCUCCCCGUUGCUCUCUCCGCCGUCGCAUGCGCGGUCGUCGCCGCCGCCGUCUCUGCAUUUUUCUAUCUUCGACGCCGUCGCCGGAACCGUGGCCCCGGAGAGAACAAGGAUGUCAGUCCCGACGGUGGUCGCCGGCGGGAAACCGCCACGAAGCACCGGCAGUCUCCUACCGCUGCUGGCUCCGAGUUUCUCUACCUCGGCACCGUCGUCAAUUCGCGCCGGAUCGAAGGAGGCGGUAGCGGCGGCGGAGAUGUCAGAGAUAAUAGAGGCUCCGUGAGUCGGAAAUUGGAGUCGCCGGAGCUCCGGCCACUUCCGCCGCUAGUAAGGCAGAUUUCGGCGCCGCCGGUGGUGACGGCAGCGCAAGAAGAGGCGGAGAAUGAGGAGGAAGAGGAAUCGGAGGUGUUUUACUCGCCGAGAGGUUCGUCGUUAGGAGGGCAAGAGAGCUCCGGUGGAACCGGGUCGGGUUCCCGGCGAGCGUUGUCUGCAAUCGCCGGGGAUAGUUUCGACGAAUUGAGCUCGUGUUCGGUUUCUUCCUCGAAUUCUGGGUCCCCGGAGCGGUGUCACUCAAUCAGCAUCUCCUCGCCGGCACAUCUUUCGCCGUCGUUGUCGCCGCCACCACAGCAACAGAAACAAAUCGUGACAUCGGUUUUGUCACCUACAUUAUCACCAAUGCACAACCAACACAUUAAUUCUUUAUGUUCUUCUUAUUCUUCUUCUUCGCUUUGUUCUUCAGCAUGUGCAACACCAGAGAGAGGUUUUGUUGAAGAAGAAGAAGAAGAUACUCAUGGUAAUGCUGUUACUGAAUCUCCUUUACUUUCGCCACUUUCAUUGCCACCUAAUAGAGCUCUGGAGGAGAAAACCCUAAUUGCAAAUUUGGACUCAUCUUCUUCAUCACCACAAAAGAGGGUCUCGGAAACAUACGAAGCUGCAUCACCAAGGAAUUCUAAUGUCUCCAAUGGAAGUAGAAACUCUUCCUCAUCAUCAGCAUCAGCAAGGGUUUCUAAUGGUUCCAAUGGAAGUAGAAAAUCUUUGUCACGAUCAGCAUCGUUAGAUAGGGUUUUGAAGACUAGUGAAUUUGCAUCAUUGGCCUCGUCUAGGAUUUCUAGUUCUUCCAAUGCAAGCAGAAAAUCUAAAUCAUCAUCAUCACAAGAGAGGAUCUCGGAGACUAAUGAAGUUGAAACUGCAACUGCAAUUGCAUCUGCAUUACCAUUGACAUCACCUCCAAGGCUAUCUAAUGUUUCUUCCAAUGGAAGUGCAAAGUUUAUGGCAUCAUCACCAUUGUCUUCGGCUUUCUCUCUGCCUUCUUCUCCGGAGAAGGCAAGGAGUCAUAACGGUUUUGAUCAGUCUCCGAGAAUGUCCAGUGUCUCAGACCAGUUUAGGCAACCGGGUUUGUCUUCAGUGCCAUUGUCACCAUCUCUGCUUUCAUCACCAGAGACAGAAAGAGGGUUUAAUUUCAGUAGCAGUUUCAAUUCAACUGAAUCAGCAUCAGUUGCUAAUAGUGCUUCACAGAGGAAGCAUUGGGAGAUACCUGCAUUGUCAGCAACAACAAAAAAUCCAUUUGGUCGAUCAGGAUCCAUUGGUAGUGUUUUGGAUCAAAUUGUAGCUGUUCCGGUUACUCAUCCACCACCUGUGCCUCCUCCGAGGAAACAAUGGGCGAUACCCAGUAUCACAACACCACUUGCUCCGCCUCCUCCGCCACCUCCUCCUCCACCUGCAGCUACACUGCAGCAGCGGCAGCGGAAGCAGUGGGAGGUGCCAUCUCCCACAACACCUGUUGGUCAAUCUGUAUCGAGGCCACCAGAGUUGAGACCUCCUUCCAGGCCUUUUGUGUUGCAGAACACAACAUUGGUUUCCCCUAUUGAUCUGACCCCAAGUUCUCAGGGUUCGGCUGAAGCUGAAGAGGCUGCGAAGCCAAAGUUGAAACCCUUGCACUGGGACAAAGUAAGGUCAAGCUCUGAUCGUGAAAUGGUGUGGGAUCAGUUGAAGUCAAGCUCUUUCAAAUUGAAUGAGGAAAUGAUUGAAACAUUGUUUGUAGCAAACAUGCCAAACUCGAAACCAAUGGAUUCUACUUCAUGCACAGUUCGUCCCCAUUCAAGCCAGGAGGAGAAAGUACUUGAUCCUAAAAAGUCCCAAAACAUUGCAAUCUUGCUGAGAGCACUUAAUGUCACUAUAGAAGAAGUGUGUGAAGCACUUUUAGAAGGUAGUGCUGAUACACUUGGAGCAGAACUACUUGAAAGCUUGUUAAAAAUGGCUCCGAGUAAGGAAGAAGAGCGUAAAUUGAAGGAAUACAAUGAUGACUCACCAACCAAGCUUGGUCCAGCUGAGAAAUUCUUGAAGGCAUUGCUUGAUGUACCUUUUGCAUUUAAAAGGGUGGAAGCAAUGCUUUACAUAGUCAAUUUUGACUCUGAAGUCGAGUAUCUUAGGAAAUCCUUUCAAGCUCUAGAGGCUGCCUGUGAAGAGCUGCGAAGUAGUAGAAUGUUCUUGAAGCUUCUCGAGGCUGUGCUUAAAACUGGGAACCGCAUGAAUGUGGGGACAGACCGAGGUGAUGCGCAGGCCUUUAAACUUGACACACUUCUCAAGCUGGCCGAUGUCAAAGGUGCAGAUGGAAAAACGACGCUACUGCACUUUGUCGUCCAAGAGAUCAUAAGAACUGAAGGUGCUCGUCUCUCCAGUACUAACCAAACCCCAAACUCUUCCUUGGCCGAAGAUGUUGCGUUCCGGAGGCUUGGCCUGCAAGUAGUAUCUAGUCUGAGUUCAGAGCUAGCAAGUGUCAAGAAGGCUGCUACCAUGGAUUCUGAGGUUCUCAGCAAUGAUGCCGCCAAGCUCUCCAAAGGGAUUGCAAACAUUGCAGAGGUUGUACAAUUGAACGAAAAAGCUGGGUCAAAUGAGAAGUUUACAGAAUCAAUGAACAAGUUCAUUAGAAUGGCUGAGGAAGAAAUUCUGAAGAUUCAAGCCCAAGAAAGUGUUGCUAUGACCCUUGUGAAGGAAAUCACAGAGUAUUUUCAUGGUGACUUGGCAAAGGAAGAAGCUCAUCCAUUCAGAAUCUUCAUGGUUGUAAGAGACUUUCUUGCAGUUCUUGACCGUGUAUGCAGAGAAGUUGGUAUGAUAAAUGAGAGAACCAUGGUUAGUUCAGCACAUAGAUUCCCUGUACCAGUUAACCCAAUGCUUCCACAACCAGUUAACCCAAUGCUUUCACAACCCCUUCCUGGAUUGCAUGGAAGCAGACAGAAUAGUGACUCUUCAGAUGAUGAUACUCCAUCAUCUUAGUUAAUGUGAGUUCUUGGGCUUUGUAUGUUCUUGCCCAAAAUGUUGCAAUUUUUUUCUAGUUAAAAUUGUAAAAACAUCACUGUACAAGAUUUGAGGGUUUUCCUUUAUUGGGGUGAAAAUCCCUAUAUGGAUAGGAUAUGUAUGAUAAGGUUGUUGUAA